AUGAAGGGCAGUACUGUUGGUUGGAUCCUAAACCCAGGCGAUGUCCCUGAAUUAAUCCGAGACCAACUGUUCGCGGAAGAGCAUCAUCGAGUGGGUAAACGACAGAAACCCGUCUACCCACCCGCUGGAUCGAUGUGUCCUCCAAUAAACAUUAAUCUUGGUCCGACCCAGUUAUCCCAGUCGCCAAAAACCGCCUAUGGUCGUGCGGAGACAAACAUAUCAGGUCAAACUGAUUUGGAAAUUGCCGGGCCAAUCGAAGAAAUAGUGGAAGAGUAUACCAACUGGCACCUGGAAAAGCUCCACAAUCCUAAUAUCGGCGCGGAAUUUCUGGUGAAAGAGGGCGUGAACAUAGGGGCCGCGUACAGGUUUGUCAGCGAUACAACCAAGUGGCUCAAACAGCGCAAACGAAAGAGGGGGGUGAACAAUGACGAUGUUGAAAAAAUCACUUAUCCGUCGUCCCCUCUUGCAAUCGUUCGGGACUUUAAAACUAAGGCUGAUAAUCCUGCGACUGUUCUGUAUGCCAAACGUCUCGUAGCUAUUUAUGAGAAAACUUCGUUGGCUCAAGAUACGACUAAACACUAUUGUGGACUGUUGUGCAAGCCGGAAAUGAAGAUUUAG